GCGUGAUGGCUCGUUGUGCCGCGGGGACAUUUGGACAAGCAACUGCAGCAUCACACACCACUACACAGACUUCUAGAUGCGUCAGCCACUAGAGUGAACGAUACAGAGAGACUGGGGAGGAGGGACAGACACACAGAGAAGGAGUGCAGUACUACAAGAGAAAGGAGGGAUCAUCUAUCCCAGUAAGAUAAGCAUCCACCUGUCCCGCAUAGGAAGGUGGCCCCCCCACCUGAUCCAUCUCGUCGCAGGGGGGGGACCCUGCAUAGCCUGGAAGGCAACAGAGACUAUGCAGCUGGGACUGGUGGCGCUGGCAAUGGUCUUUCUCAGCUCCAUGGGUCACAGUGAUGUUCUGAAGCUCUCCAAGGCAAGACGGCAUAGACGUGUUAGCACUGAGGGGCCCCCAUCUUGCCCCAAAGGCUGUGACCGAUGUUCUGAGUAUAACGGCUGCAUUAAAUGCAAGCCCAAGCUCUUCAUCUUCCUGGAGCGCAAUGACAUCCGUCAGAUAGGCGUGUGCCUUGCCUCCUGCCCCAUGGGAUACUUUGGCAUGAGGAACCCCGAAGGCAACAAUCGAUGCACCCAAUGUAAAAUAGACAAUUGUGAAGCGUGUUUCAAUCGCAAUUUUUGCACAAAAUGUAAGGAGGGCUUGUAUUCACACAGUGGGAGAUGUUAUGUCAGCUGCCCUCCAGGCCAACGCACCGUCAAUGAGACCAUGGAGUGUGUCGGUCAACGUGCCUCAGAGUGUGAACUGGGUGAGUGGAGCCAAUGGGGUUCCUGUAUGAAGAAAAACAAAACAUGCGGAUUUAGGAAAGGCACCCAGUCCCGGGUUCGUGUGCCCCUUCCGCAGGUUCACAGUCCGGAUACCUCCCCUGCUUUUGUACCCUCGCAGACCUGUGCUGCCGAGACAGAGAGGAGGAAGUGUGUCGUGACCAAAACGCCGUGUGUGAGGGAGAGGAAGAGUAAAGGAGACAGACAAGACGAUACAAACAGGAGAGAAAGGGAGAAUACACGUGAGCGAGCACAAGGAGGAGGAGGAGGAGGAGGAGGAGGCGGAGGCGGAGGAGGAAAGCGGAGGAAAGGCCACAGCAGGACGACCACUGCUCCCAGCAUCACAACCAGCUCUGUCACCUAAGCGCUGACGCCUGCUGGAUGAGGCUGAGAGAAAACCAGAGACAAUGCCUCGCCCAGCAGUGUCAGCCACAGACACAGAUUGAUGU